AUAUGGAGUUUGAAGAGUUCGCUAUCCCCGAGGACCAACCAGCCGGGGAGACCGGGGGCUCCCAAGCCAAUCCUGCCAGGACUUUCUCGGUCAAUCCAGAGACCGUGGAAAUCCUGGAUGAGGAUGAGCCCCAUGAAGACCGGUCUAAGGGGAAGGAGAAGGAGAAGGCCGGUCGCCGGGUGAAGAAGGCGGGGGAGAUUGGACCCCUCACAGUCGACCGGCUUGGUUUAGGCUCUCCCUCGGAGUUUGCCCGGCUGAAGAAGGAGCAGGAGGAGAUGGCCCUCAUCUUGAAGAGCCAGGCUGACGAGCUGAUCAGGCUGUCUGGGUUAGCCGGGACCCUGAAGACCGAGAUCUCACAGCUAAAGGAGGAGAAUGGCCGACUAAUGGAUGGAAUCUCUGAGGCCCAGAGGGAAGCAGCGGAGAAGGAAGAAACCUUCCCCGGGCGUGCUGUCGCCUGGGUUGAAGAGAACAAGGGCGUUGCUGCCCGGGUGAUGACGGCGACUCCAGAGACGACAAUGGAGUCCUUCAGGCUUCUGUACCGGGAGCCUGAAGGAAAGAAGAUGAUUACUGGGAUUGGAUCCUUUGGAUUCAAGAGCGGUCAAAAGAAGGAUAUGAUCGCCUCUCACCGGGUGCUGCUCAGGAGAGAUCCAAACUUCAGCGCUGCAUCCUAUGGCCUGGCCCCAAUCCUAGAGGAAGAGCCUACUCCCCCUUUCCCCUUAGACUAGGCCCCCCGGUUGUGCCCGGUUGUUUUUGUAAAAACCUCAACUUGAAAUUUCCCUGGGGAUGCCCGGUGUAGUUGUAAAACAUUUAACAUUCUUAUUUCGUUUGAAUGCCAUGUUUUCUUUUCAUACCGGUUAAUCUUCCACGUCUGAUUGCUUGUCUGAUUUAUUUUUUUGAUCUUGCUCCUUAGAAUAACCAUCAUAGAAAUUCCGAU